AGGCAUACGUAUAUAAAUAAUGAAGUAAUAUAUAUAUAUAUAUAUUUUAAAAAAAGACAAGACGCAAGAGGCAACUCCCAAGGCGGAAAGCAAAAAAGGUCACCCAUACCUAGGGACUCGGGAGAAACGUUGACACUCACACGGGCGCUGUCUCUGUUGUCAUCGAUUCGGGGAAAGGACCACGGACGCAGCAACCUUUCGCUUUCCUUAGGGGCCUUGGAUUCCUUCAAGAAAAACCGACCGAUCGGGGCUUUACGGCGGGAAAGUGGCGCCUAGCAAACCCCGGGGAAUUUGGAAACGGAGGUUUGACAAGUCGCGGACCCUUCCGCUAAGCUAAAGGCACGCUCGCCCGGCCACCCCCCCACCCCCGGCGCUUUUCUUCGCCUGCAGCCACUGGGAAUUAUCUCGUUCUCUUCCCCCAAGGGAUUUCCAGAUCGUCGAUUUUUUAAGCUGCCUUGGGAAGCCUUUUCUGUGCCUCCGGGAAUUAAGUGGCUUUUCUCUCCUUUCCUGCGGUUGGAGCGAGAAAGAGCGAAGCGCAAGGGAGAACUGUAGCUGGCAAGCAAAAAAGCCAAGAAGGGGAGGGGGGAGAAGUUGUUCCUUGAGACUAAUUCAUCUUUUCGUUUUAAAACAUCGCCUCCCCAAGAGCUGUCAGUCAUCCAAAGGGCGUCUCUAAGACCGCAUCGACUGGAGAAGGAAAACGAGAGGAGGAAGGGACUUGAGACGCGUGCGUCUCCUUCCUAAUUUCCUUCCAGCCAGUCCUGGCGAAGUCGGCCAGCCCAUCUCCUUGACAGGCGCUGUUUUCUGUCGCUGUCCGAUAAGAGGAAACCCCCCACAUUUCUCUCUUUCUCUCUCUUCCGAUAGCACCCCCACAAAAUGGGAGGUCAGUCUACGCUGACUCUAUUUGUCUUAUGCGUGCUUCAGUUUCCCUGCCAGGUCUGGACCUCCGGCGUGUUCGAGCUGAAGCUGCAGGAGUUUGUCAAUAAGAAGGGCCUGCUGGGCAACCGCAACUGCUGCCGGGAGGGCCUCCCCAGCGGCGGCGGCGGCGGCGGCGGCGGCGCUUCAUCGGCGGCCGGCUUGCAACAGUGCGACUGCAAAACCUUCUUCCGCGUCUGCCUCAAGCACUACCAAGCCAGCGUCUCCCCGGAGCCGCCCUGUACCUACGGCAGCGCCGUCACUCCGGUGCUGGGCGCCAACUCGUUCGUCGUGCCGGAGAACGCCGCCAGCAGCGAUCCCUUUUUCAGCAACCCGAUCCGUUUCCCUUUUGGUUUCACCUGGCCGGGCACUUUCUCUCUCAUCAUUGAAGCUCUGCACACCGAUUCUCCUGAUGACCUCAACACAGAGAACCCAGAGCGUCUCAUUAGCCGCCUGGCUACCCAGAGGCAUUUGACGGUUGGGGAAGAAUGGUCCCAGGACUUGCACAGCAGUGGACGCACUGACCUCAAGUAUUCCUACCGUUUUGUGUGCGAUGAGCACUACUACGGGGAAGGCUGCUCUGUCUUCUGUCGCCCCCGGGACGAUGCCUUUGGGCACUUCACGUGUGGAGAGCGUGGGGAGAAGGUCUGCAAUCCAGGCUGGAAGGGGCAGUACUGCACUGAAUCUAUUUGCUUGCCUGGAUGUGAUGAGCAGCAUGGAUUUUGUGACAAGCCUGGGGAAUGCAAAUGCAGAGUUGGUUGGCAAGGGCGUUAUUGUGAUGAAUGCAUCCGCUACCCAGGUUGUCUUCAUGGUACGUGUCAACAGCCAUGGCAAUGCAACUGUCAGGAAGGCUGGGGUGGACUUUUCUGUAACCAGGAUCUCAAUUACUGUACGCACCACAAGCCUUGCAAGAAUGGUGCCACUUGUACCAACACUGGCCAAGGGAGCUACACAUGUUCUUGCCGUCCUGGUUACACUGGUUCCAACUGUGAGAUUGAAAUCAAUGAAUGUGAUGCCAAUCCUUGCAAGAAUGGAGGAAGUUGUACUGAUCUUGAAAACAGCUAUUCCUGUUCUUGUCCACCUGGGUUCUAUGGUAAAAAUUGUGAGCUGGGGGCCAUGACUUGUGCUGAUGGACCCUGCUUCAAUGGAGGGCGAUGUACAGACAACCCUGAAGGUGGUUACAGCUGCCGCUGCCCAGUGGGCUAUUCUGGAUUUAACUGCGAAAAGAAGAUUGACUAUUGCAGUUCCAGUCCCUGUGCAAAUGGAGCUCAGUGUGUCGAUCUUGGGAACUCCUACAUAUGCCAAUGUCAAGCUGGCUUCACUGGAAGACACUGUGAUGAUAAUGUGGACGAUUGUGCUUCUUUUCCUUGUUUCAACGGGGGGACCUGCCAAGAUGGAGUGAAUGAUUAUUCUUGCACCUGUCCCCCAGGAUACAGUGGAAAGAACUGUAGCACACCUGUCAGCAAGUGUGAACACAGCCCUUGUCAUAAUGGGGCUACGUGCCACGAGAGAAACAACCGCUAUGUGUGUGAGUGUGCUCGCGGAUAUGGGGGCCUUAACUGCCAGUUUCUCCUUCCUGAACCACCUCAAGGGGCAGUCAUAGUUGAUAUCACAGAGAAAUACACUGAAAGACAGAGUUCUCAGUUUCCUUGGAUUGCGGUGUGUGCCGGCAUUAUUCUGGUCCUAAUGCUCUUGCUGGGCUGUGCUGCCAUUGUUGUCUGCUUCCGACUAAAGGCACAGAAAAGGCAGCACCAGCCGGAUGCAUGCAGAAGUGAAUCUGAAACCAUGAACAACUUGGCCAAUUGUCAGCGGGAGAAGGACAUUUCUAUCAGUGUCAUUGGUGCCACCCAGAUAAAGAACACCAACAAGAAAGUAGACUUCCACAGCGAUAACGCUGACAAAAAUGGCUACAAAGCCAGAUACCCAUCCGUGGAUUACAAUUUGGUUCAUGAACUGAAGAACGAGGACUCUGUGAAAGAGGAACACAGCAAAUGUGAGGCUAAAUGUGAAACAUUUGAUUCUGAGGCAGAUGAAAAAAGCGGCGGACAGCUAAAGAGUGAAGCAUCUGAAAGGAAACGGCCAGAAUCAGUGUAUUCCACUUCAAAAGACACAAAGUACCAGUCGGUGUAUGUCAUAUCAGAAGAGAAAGAUGAAUGCAUCAUAGCAACAGAGGUGUAAAGGAAAGACGAUAUGGCAAAAUUGUUGUUUUUAAACAAUUUUCAAAGGUGAUAUGCCCCAAUGAAUGCUGCUGAACAAGGAAAAGGAGAAAGAUUUCUUCACUGACUGCUGCUGAGAAACUAAAUUCAGACUGAGCUGGUUCUCUACUGAAGUUAGCAAAAGUGACUGCAAAUAAUACAUGGUGGACACGAGGCCAGGGUCUGUGUUCAAAGAUACCUGUUGCACUGCCUUUUAUGAAUAUUUAUCAUUGCACUAUGGUCAGUUGCUUUUUUUUCUAUAUAUAUUUAAAUGGACAGACUUAAUUUCCUACAUAAGAAGCAUGCACUGCCUGAAGUGUAUAUUUUGGAUUCUUAUGAGCCAGUCGUUUCUUGAAUUAGAGAUACAGACACUGCCUUUAUUGUCCUUUUUUAUACUAAACUGUGUUUUUUUAUUAGGUGGGGGAAAGUGUGUUAUUUUUUUUAAUCUGUAAAAAUUAUUUUCAGGAUAUUUGUAAAGCUUGAGUAUUUUGUGAUGUUUCUUUUUCAUAAUUUAAUUUUUUUUGGUAAAUAUGUACAAAGGCACUUCGGGUCUAUGUGACUAUAUUUUUUGUAUAUAAUGUAUUUAUGAAAUAUUGUGCAAAUUGUU